GAGGGAUAGAGGGGGAUAGAGGGGCAGAGAGAGAUUUAAGAAUUGAUAGGUGGUCGAGUUGUGUUUGGCCGGGUGGAUAUGCGCACGAAAAGUCGAGGAGCUUUAUUUCCCCUCUGUUAUGGGAUUAUUGUCAGCGAUGGACAUAGAGAGCAAGGAAGAACAGCAGCUGGUGUUUCUUGAUUUUCACGUAAUAAACGUGCCGAGCAUCGCAGAGGGACACUGACCUUUAAAUUGUCGCAGUAGGGAACAUUUAAAACAUAGGACGAGUUGGUUGCAUUUCAGAGCCCCCAUAGUAGACGGAAGAGGCGCAACCAUGACGACCGAGAGCUCCAAGCAACAUUUGGAUCCAUCUAAUCCUCUGCGCUCCAGUCCAGCGGCCGGUGCUCUGAAUGCAGCUCUGCUGAGCGCACAGCCGGUGAUGGAGAGCCCGCAGAAUGCAUCAACCAAAUGGAAAAAAGGAAAUUCUGGCUUGAGGCGCCCUGAAAAGCCUCCUUACUCAUAUAUUGCCCUUAUUGUGAUGGCAAUUCAAAGUUCACCGACCAAAAGGCUCACAUUGAGUGAAAUCUAUCAGUUCCUGCAGGCCCGCUUCCCCUUCUUUAGGGGAUCAUACCAGGGAUGGAAAAACUCCGUCAGACAUAACCUCUCUCUGAACGAGUGUUUUAUAAAGCUGCCUAAGGGUCUCGGUAGACCGGGCAAGGGGCACUACUGGACCAUCGACCCGAGUAGUGAGUUUAUGUUCGAGGAGGGCUCCUUUCGUCGCAGACCCCGGGGGUUCCGUAGGAAAUGCCAAGCUUUGAAACCAAUGUACAGGAUGAUGAAUGGGAUCGGGUUUGGUGCGUCCAUGCUGCCGCAAAACUUUGAGUUCCAAUCACCGUCAGGCUCAUUAGCAUGUCACAACAGCUACAAUAUAGACUUGAUGGGUAGUACAGUGCCAGGUGGCUUCGAGGGACUUGGAGGGGGGCAUCACGUCCCACAUAUGUCAUCAGGCUCCGGGUCAUCGUACAUGGCCGCAUGUCAGGUGGCCUCUAAUGCGGACUAUUGCCCGGACAGCAGCAGCAGCCCCCUGCAGUCCUCCCCAGCCAUGGCAGGCACUUUGGACUGUCAGUCUCCUUAUGGAAAUGCAGCCUCACACUGGAGUUCACCUGGCGUAUCUUCAUACAUCAAACAGCAGUCGCUGGCAUCUAGCAGCACCUCUUCUUCUGCUCUGCACGCGGGAAUGCCAUCUUACUCUUUGGAUCAAGGCUAUCUGCACCACAAUGCACGAGAUUCCUCUGACAUUUCAGUGGGACUCUCUCGAUACUCCAGCCACUCAGCUCCUGUGUGCGACAGGAAGGACUUCGUUUUGAACCUAAACGGAAUCUCAUCUCUCCAUCCCAGCACCAGCGGAUCUUACUAUCACCAGCUUCAUCACCAUCACCAAAGCGUCUAUCAGGACGUCAAGCCGUGUGUCAUGUGACAAAACAGCCCAGAACUUUUCUACUAAAUUAAACCCUCAGGUGGAGUUAUUUUAAACACAAUCUUUGGAGAGUUUUGGUAAGAAAAAAAAGGGCGUUUUAUUCCAUUCGAGACAGCACAGACAAAUCACUUAUGUGAACUUUGAGCUUUUCUUAAUCGUUUAGUAAUGAUGCGAGGACUUGUUCACACUCUCAUUACAGGGGUGCCUGUUCACACACUGAUAUGCAAUAUCAACAUUUUUACUGAAAAAAAACCCCAACAUAACUUUACACGUUAAACUUUAUCUCAUGCACUUAAUUUUGUUUUGGUGAAGUCGCUUAAAUUGUUACUGAUUUCCUGCAAAACGCCAUUAAAGAGAUUUAUUUUUAAAGGAUAAUUUGGAAGUGUUUAAUGUCUUUAGCAAUAACUAUUAUGACUUUUUUUUUAUCAUCACUGCCACUCUUCUUUAUUGUGUUUCUUUUGUUUCUUCUUUCUCCUACAAAUAUUAUUAUUAUUAUUAUUAUUAUUAUUAUUAUUAUUAUUAUUAUUAUUAUUAUUAUAGUUGUUGUUGUUAAAUCCACACAAAAUGGACCAAAACCUAAUUAAUUAUAAAAAACAUUCCAAACAAUGCAGCUUGUGGUCGAUUUUGCUGACGUCCAUUAUUUCCCUUUAUUCCUGACCCUUCAAAAAUGUUAUGACAAAAAUAAGUUUCAAAAUAUCAAUAGGCACUUUUCAGAGACACUGUCCUCGCAUUGAGCACCACCACGGAAUUGUGUUGUCAGUGCGGUCUUUAAUAAACAUCGUGUCUUAUAGUCACACUGGAAAGCCAGUGUGCUAUACUUCAGUCAGUAUCAUCAUUUUAACACAUGAAAGAUAUAUUGUGUAGUUUUAUUUUAUUUACACUAAUUAAGACACAUUUAGUGUUACAGAAAGAAAAGUUUAGAAUAAUUUAAAAGAAAGCAAUCCUUCUUUGAGGUUGUUUAUUACGCUAAUGAUAAUUAAAGUAGCCUAUAAUGUGUGUCUUAUUUAUCCGAAGAAGCCUGUCUAUAUUUUUGUAUUGUGAUGAUUGUGAUUAGAUUAAUCACUAAAGAGGAAUAAAGAAAACAACGUCACAUUCGAUCCACAGCACAGCGUCAUUUUUUAAAAAAUUUACUUUAUUGAGAACGUCAGCACAUGCAUACAACAUAUAAACACAUAACACAUAAAGGCGUACAACAUCUCAUUGUCCAGGGGUUCAAUCUUGUUUAGUCCUGUUGGUUUUCACGCGACUGUACCGCCACCUCGUGGUGAUCGAAGGUUUAGGGGCUUAAAUCAUAUUUCACUUUUCGUUAUGCAAAUUGCGUGUGCACAACUUAAUUUUGCGAAAGAGAUUAAAAUAUUAUUAGCGACCUGUCCAGGGUGUACCCCGCCCUUCGCCCGAUGGCAGCUGGGAUUGGCUCCAGUCCCCCGCGACCCUGUUCACAGGAUAAGCGGUUGACGAUGGAUGGAUGGAUUAAAAUGUUGUGCAGAACAGUCAGUUGGUCACCUCAGAUUAGUGAACACAUAUAUUUAUGUCGGGUAUCCACCAAUGCAUGCCUUGGAGUGAAAUGUAACUGUCCCUCUGAUGUGGGCCCCCUGCAGUGAGGUCACCACACUGACACAAAAUGCUGAGUUUGACUUGAUGAAUCCAGUUCUGACUGGACUGUCAAGUCUUUGUAAUCUGAAAAAAAUGCAGACAUUUCAUCACCAAAGAAUCUUAAAACACAAAUAUGCUCAUAAACCCUGGAAAGCUGAAGAUUCACAGAUGAUUGAUUACAAAAGGUUUUAAGAUUGAUGCUUUGAAAAUGUGUGUUUUUUGGCUUUUUGAGGGGCCAGCUAUAACCCUUUCAUCCUGUCACCAAAAUGCCAUCAAGAUGGUUUUGACAAAUGCUUUUCAGACGGUGUAUGUGCAAGUCCAUUCAACACAAUUUGUUAAGAAUAAAUCACAUUGUAUUAAUUUGAUCAUGCAGAAAGACAUCAAACAUCAGAUGCACUGCUGUAUUUGCUAUGUGUAACUGUUAUCAUUUUGUAAGUCUAAUAAUGUGUCCAGGUCUGGGAGGUCAAGUAGAAUUUCGAGCAGUAUUAUAGAGUUCCAUGUUUAUAUGACAUUGGUAUCACAGUAUGCAUACAAAUUCAUUUCACCAACAACCUUUUAAGAGAAAGAGCAGGUGUGUUUGUUUCAUUAAAAGUCUACUGGCUUA